UCACAGAGUGAAACCGAAAGCAGCCGAUUACUGUGAAGACGCCAUUUCGGGAGAUAGAAAAUCAGCAAUCGAUUCACAUGUGACAGGCCUUUAAGUAAAGUGUCACAUCAAGGAGGAGGAGAACAGUACCUCUAAAAUGAGUGUGUGUGAGGAGAGAGAGGAGGAGAACCGUAGGCCUACCUGUAAAAUGAGUAUGUGUGAGGAGAGAGAGGAGGAGGUGUCUGUUCACACUCAGAGAGCAGCAUCUCCAGGAUCCAGCUGUGUGUCCAUGAAGAGUAACAUCUCUAUGCGUGAACCCCCUGAUCUCAGUGAUGGACCAUCUCCAGGAUCCAGCUGUGUGUCCAUGAAGAGUAACAUCUCCUUGCGUGAACCCCCUAAUCUCAGUGAUGGACCAUCUUCAGUAUCCAGCUGUGUGUCCAUGAAGAGUAACAUCUCCAUGCAUGAACCCCCAAAUCUCAGUGAUGGACCAUCUCCAGGAUCCAGCUGUGUGUCCAUGAAGAGUAACAUCUCCUUGCGUGAACCCCCAAAUCUGAGUGAUGGACCAUCUCCAGGAUCCAGCUGUGUGUCCAUGAAGAGUAACAUCUCCUUGCGUGAACCCCCUAAUCUCAGUGAUGGACCUGCUGUCACCUCUGACCCUGCUGGUGGGAGAGCUGAGCAGAUCAGAGAUGUGUCCUGUCAGAAACACAUCAGUCAUCAUGACACAGAAGCAGCACUGCAGCUCGAUUCUCACCAGCCAGUGCAUGAUGAUCUGCAGAGAGUCAAAGACCAGCACAAAACCAGCAUGAAGAACAGAUAUGAGAGAUUAUUUGAGGGAAUCAAACUACAAGAGAAUCAGACUCUCCUGGACAGGAUUUACACACAGCUGUACAUCAUAGAGGGAGAGAGUGAAGGAGUGAAUGAAGAACAUGAGGUGCGACAGAUGGAGAAAAGUUACAAGACACUCCAAGACACUCCAAUCAACUGCAAUGACAUCUUUGAUCCUUCACCUGAACCAGGAUAUGAGGAGAAGAGAAGAGAGAAGAAAGACAAAAUCAAGACUGUUCUUACUAAAGGCAUCGCUGGAAUCGGGAAAACCGUCUCUGUGCAGAAGUUCAUUCUGGACUGGGCCGAGGGAAAAGCCAAUCAGGAUGUAGAUUUCAUGUUUGUGCUUCCAUUUAGAGAGCUGAACUUGAUUAAAGAUCAUCAAUACAGUCUUCACAGACUUCUGCUGGACUUUCAUCCUGAACUUCGAGAUCUGGACUCAGAGAUGUAUGAUGAAUGUUCAGUUGUGUUCAUCUUUGAUGGUCUGGAUGAAAGCAGAUUGACACUGAAGUUUUCAGACAGUGAGAAAGUUUCUGAUGUGACUGAGUCUUCAUCAGUGGGUGUGUUGAUGUCAAACCUCAUGAAAGGAGAUCUGCUUCCCUCAGCUCUCAUCUGGAUCACCACCAGACCAGCAGCAGCCAAUCAGAUCCCCUCCAAAUACAUCAACCGUGUGACAGAAAUUCAGGGAUUCAAUGAGCCUCAGAAGGAGGAAUAUUUCAGGAAGAGAAUCAGUGAUGAGGAUCAAGCCAGCAGAAUCAUCUCUCACAUCAGAAGAGCAAGAAGCCUCCACAUCAUGUGUCACAUACCCGUCUUCUGCUGGAUCUCAGCCACUGUGCUUCAAAACAUCCUGAAACAAGAUCUGAGUGCAGAAAUCCCUCAAACUCUGACUGAAAUGUACAUACACUUCCUCCUCAUUCAAACUCAUAUGAGGAGCCAGAAGUAUGAAGAGAGAGAUCCAGAGAAACUCCUGCAGUCCAACAGAGACGUGAUUGUGAAACUUGCUGAACUGGCUUUCAAUCAGCUGAUGAAGGGCAAUGUGAUGUUCUAUGAGGAGGACCUGAUUGAGAGCGGCAUAGAUGUCACUGACGCCUCAGUGUAUUCUGGGAUUUGCACUGAGAUCUUUAGGGAGGAAUCUGUGAUUUAUCACAGGAAGGUUUACAGCUUUGUACAUCUCAGCUUUCAGGAGUUUUUUGCAGCACUGUAUGUGUUUUUCUGUUAUUUACACAAGAACAGUGAAGUUCUGAAAAUGUUCCUCACAGGAAAGUCCAGAACCCAAUCUGGGAAUGUUCCUCUGGAUGUGUUUCUGAAGGGAGCAAUGAAUAAAGCCUUGAAGAGUGAAAAUGGACACCUGGAUCUUUUCCUUCGAUUCCUUCAUGGCAUCUCACUGGAGUCCAACCAGAGACUCUUACAGGAUGUACUGAUUCACACAGAGAACAACCCAGAGAACAUCAAGAAAAUAAUCCAAAACCUUAAAAAACACAAACAUGCAAAAAGUCCAAAAGACAAUGUCAGUCCUGAAAGAUGGAUGAAUCUGACACACUGCUUGAUUGAGAUGAAGGAUAGUUCUCUUGUUGAAGAAAUGCAGGCAUUUUUACAAUCUAAAACAUAUAACAAAAACCUUUCUCUUGCACAAUGUUCAACUUUGGCAAACAUGAUCCUGAUGUCAGAGGAGGUGAUGGAUGAGUUUGACCUUAAAAAGUUCAACAUCAGAUCAUCAAAGGAGAGUCAAAGGAGACUGUUACCUGCUCUGAGAAACUGCAGAAAAGCUCUAUUAGCAGCCUGUAAUCUCAGUGAUCAGCACUGUGAAGUUGUCGCUUCAGUUCUACAAUCAUCAAAAUCCUCCCUGAGAGAGCUGGACCUGAGUAACAAUGACCUGCAGGAUUCAGGAGUGAAGCUGCUCUCUAUUGGACUGAAGAGUGCAAACUGUCAACUCAACAAAUUGAGAUUAACAGACUGCAAUCUCAGUGAUCAGCACUGUAAUGUUCUGGCUUCAGCUCUACAAUCAUCAAACUCCUCCCUGAGAGAGCUGGACCUGAGUAACAAUGACCUGCAGGAUUCAGGAGUGAAGCUGCUCUCUAUUGGACUGAAGAGUCCAAACUGUCAACUCAACAAAUUGAGAUUAUCUCAGUGUUUGGUUACAGAGGAAGGCUGUGCUGCUCUGGCUUCAGCUCUGAGUUCAAACCAUUCACACCUGAGAGAACUGGAUCUGAGCUACAAUCACCCAGGAGAAUCAGGACUGAAGCUGCUCUCUGAUAUAAUGAAGCAUCCAGACUGCACACUGGACAAACUCAAUGUGGAUCAUGGAGGAGAGUUCAGGAUUACAUCAAGGCUACACAGAUACGCUGUUAAUAUCACACUGGAUCCUAACACAGCACACACUCAUCUCGUUCUGUCUGAGGAGAACAGAAAGGUGAAGCUUGUGAGAGAUAGUCAGUCGUAUCCUGAUCAUCCAGACAGAUUUGAUUGGUAUCAUCAGGUUCUGUGUGGAGAGAGUCUGACUGGACGCUGUUACUGGGAGGCUGAAUGGAGUGGAGAUAAUACUGAUAUAUCAGUGUCAUAUAAAGGAAUCCAGAGGAAAGGAGAGAGUGACUGUGUGUUUGGCUGUAAUAAGAAGUCCUGGAGUCUGAGCCGCUCUGAUCAGAGACUCACUGUCCGUCACAAUAAUAACUUCACUGCUGUUUCUGCUGAUUCAGGAUCCUGUAAGAGGGUAGGAGUGUUUGUGGACGAGUCGGCCGGCACUCUGUCCUUCUACAGCGUCUCUGACACACAUACACUCACACACUUACACACAUUCACACACACAUUCACUGAACCACUUUAUGCUGGAUUUAGACUUAAUAAUUGUAACUCUUCAGUGUCUCUGUGUUCCAUUAAACACACGCACUGACUGACACACACACACACAGACAACACCACAUUCACGACAUUCACUGAACCCCUCUGCGCUAGAUUUACAGUUCCUUAUUCAGACUCUUCAGUCUCUCUGUGACAUUACACAACAAACACACUCUGACUGACAUACACACACAGCCUCUACUUUCUCUGACCCUAGUUGCACGGCCUCCUCUGCUUCGCCCUCGACUCCGGAUCUGUCCUCGAGCUGAUGAUGCGGUAACAUGACAUCAUGACUUUUGCGUAAACAUA